AUGGACUUAAUCAGCCCAGGAUUGAAGAAAAGAAGAUCUAGUACUACAGAUUACCUCAAUGGUAUCAACAGUACAAACAUCAUCUCAAUCAGAAUUGAAAAGCAAUUCAAGGAAUUAAACACCAGGACUAUUAAUUUCUUAUCCAAAGGUGCCAUAUCAUAUGCGAAAACCAAUAAUGAUCACGACUUUAUUGCUUUACAGUCCGAAUUUCAGAGUUUGAUAUACUUGUUAGGGAUUGACCAAUUUGACUUCAAAAAGCUACUGAAUUUGAAUUUAUCGUCCGUUCUUUCGAUAUACAAGAAUAUUGAAAAUAUUUCUAUAAAGGAUGGCACUAGUGAAGAAACGCUAAAGUUGAUAAAUGAGUAUGUCAUUUUGCUUUUGAACAUGAAAUUGUCCGAUUCUCUUAUCUACAAAACUUUGUAUUUAAAGAGCCAGAGUAUCUACUGGGAGAACUUAAAUAGUUCUUCAUUUAAAAAAUAUGUCUACUUCAUUCAGUCAUGUCCUAUUAAGAUCUUUGAUUUUUCCCGUGAUGUUUUGGGACGUUCGGUCAAUUUCAUAGAAGAAGAUGAAUCUUAUGUCUCUACCACUAGCGGCACUGAGGAAGACAAUCUACUCUAUAACUCUUAUCAAAAGGUGAUAACCACAGGCAGGGCAAUCUUUAGAUCUUUUAAACAGAUAAUAGAGAAAUUUGUUUCCCAGGAUCCCUCUUUGAUUUUCUUGAAUAUGACGGAGACAGGAUUAUAUAAGAAAGUAAAAUACGUCUUGAAGUACCCCCUCAAGUCUGUGAACAGGGAGGUCAAAGCGAAUUUGAGCAUGAUCGAACGCGAAAUCGAUGUGAACGCAGCAAAGGUUGAUAUGCUUAUCAAACGAAACUCUGACUCAAAGUCUUUGGAAUCCGUUUUACAGAUCCAAAAUCUGGACAUCAGCUCAGAAUCGCAAAAGAUAGGCUUACUUUUGAAUAAAACUGUGGAGUUCAAUUCAAUAAAUCAAUACCUGACCACCGAUCAGCCAGGAUUUAUGGAAAGAUAUUGGCCACUAUUGAUUAUUUUAAUCAUAUAUGGACCGUCAACCUCCAUUAAUGUUUAUAAGAAUAGGGAUGAAAUCAUAAAUUGGGUCAAGCUCAAUCUUGUUGAUACUGUUAUCGGAUUUUUUGAGAAUUGGGUGAUUAAUCCAAUAAAUGGCAUGUUAAAGACUUUACGUAGAGACGACGAUCUUUCGAUAACUUCAAAGGAGUCUUUGAAGUCGGAUUUGGAUUCUUUGGAAAGAAUGGUUACCGAAUUUAUCGUUGACCAAAGUAACGGCCCCGUAGACAAGGAGAAACUACAUCAGAUGAUUCAAGACGGCGAUCUAACUAUGUUUAUGUCCCAGUAUGAAAAUGAAAUUCGUACCCCUGUGAAGUCUAUUGUAAGAGGCUCGCUCAUCAGGUCAAUUUUGAUCCAAGUACAAAAGACAAAGGUGGAUGGUGCCAUAGCACUCAGUGGAAUAGAUAAGCUUUUGAAGUCACAGCAACUCGUGUUUGGAGUUGUUUCCAUAAGUCCGUCCCUUUUCAUUUUAUACAAGGCUUGGUCGUAUUUAACAGCUUCGAAACCUUUAUUUGUUAAUGGUAAGGAGCUCAAUUUGGUAUGCCUUAAGUCAUUAAACACUAUUGAAAGUCUUUUGAUAGACUAUGACACAGUGAACUACGUAGAGGGAAGGUUGUUAAUCGAGAUCAGUAACCUCAUGAUAUUGUCUAAGCGUUUGAUCCCUAAUCAGUUGGCUCUGGCUUGGUCCAGGGACUUGACUAGUCUUAACGACGACCACUCCUCUAUGGAGAAGAAAAUGAAGCUAAUUUCAAAAAUAUGGAACGUAUAUGGUCCCUAUUUUAGGUGA